UAACUGCGUGACAUCAACGCUAUCUCGGGCGAAACUGCGUUGUAAGAAGAGAACAGAGAGAGGAUCAUUUGGAGAGCUCAUUUCGUCAGUGGACAUAAAUUCAAUCUUUCUCUCAAUCCAUUUACGGAAGGAAAAAAGAAAAAAAAAAAAAAAAACCAAAACCCUAGAAGAGAUUUGAGCCUGAAGAAGAAACAAGAAGGAAGAGGAAGAAGCCGGGAAAGAUGUCGUGGCAAGUUUACGUCGAUGAACAUUUGAUGUGCGAGAUUGAGGGCAAUCACCUCACUUCUGCGGCCAUUAUCGGUCAAGACGGCAGCGUUUGGGCUCAAAGCCAAAAUUUCCCUCAGCUCAAGCCUGAAGAAGUUGCUGGCAUCGUGGGGGACUUCGCGGACCCUGGGACGCUUGCUCCAACUGGUUUGUACAUUGGUGGUACAAAAUAUAUGGUAAUCCAAGGGGAGCCUGGAGCUGUUAUUCGUGGGAAGAAGGGCCCAGGUGGGGUUACUGUUAAGAAGACUGGUAUGGCUUUAGUCAUUGGUAUCUAUGAUGAACCAAUGACUCCUGGUCAAUGCAAUAUGAUUGUUGAAAGGCUUGGGGAUUAUCUUAUUGAUCAGGGCCUCUAAAUAUCGGUGGAAACCAUGUAUUGUUUGUACAAGUCUAUGGACUCUUGAAUGGAAAUGGGUUUGAUGCUUGAGGAGUGAUGAUGCUUAUGUUUCUCGUUAUUAGUGUUGUCUCUUUCACUUUUUUUCUAUUUUUUCCCUUUGAAAUAUUGUGGUGGUUUUCAAGUGAGGUCCAUGUUGUAGCAUCAAAUAUGGAUAUGGUAAACCAAUCAGCAUAAAUUUAUAAUUACUCUUCUCUAUUUUA